AUGGCUGCUAAGUAUGACGAUGACGGACUUCGAGCUUCAUACAAUAUCUCUCUGUUAAUUGCUCAAACAGGUAAACCACACACCAUCGGAGAAACGUUAAUUUUGCCGGCAAUAAAAGAAGUUAUAACUACUGUGCUCCAUAAACCGGCGGCAGAUAUAAUUCGAAAAAUGCCUUUGAGCAAUAGUUCUGUCCAAAGACGAAUUGAUGAAAUGGCUGAAAACAUUGAAAAGUCAUUGUGCAAUCAUAUGAAGACUAGUAAAUUUUCAAUUCAGUUGGAUGAGUCCACUUUACUAACUAAUGAAGCAUGGUUGUUGUCUUACGUGAGAUUUAUUAAAGAUGAAAAAAUAUGUCAAGAACUUUGA